GAACGCCGAGGCUGGUUUUUCCCGCGAAAGCCGGCCGUGUCUGGGAGGGCGCGGGGCGCUGUGCGCGGGCGGUGAGGGCGCCGAGCACGGUCUGGGAGGCCUGGGCGAGGCCAGGGAGACGAGCCGCCACCCAGCUCUGUCCGCACCCGGGUGCAGCCAUGUCGGGCUUCGACGACCCCGGCAUCUUCUACAGCGACAGCUUCGGGGGCGACCCGGGUGCCGACGAGGGCCAGGCCCGCAAGUCGCAGCUGCAGAGGCGCUUCAAGGAGUUCUUACGACAGUACCGCGUGGGCACCGACCGCACGGGCUUCACCUUCAAGUACAGGGAUGAACUCAAGCGGCACUACAACCUGGGGGAAUACUGGGUCGAGGUGGAGAUGGAGGACCUGGCCAGCUUUGACGAGGAACUGGCCGACCACCUGUACAAACAGCCGGCCGAGCACCUGCAGCUGCUUGAGGAAGCUGCCAAGGAGGUGGCUGACGAGGUGACCCGGCCGCGGCCUGCAGGUGAGGAGCUGCUCCAGGACAUCCAAGUCAUGCUUAAGUCAGAUGCCAGCCCAUCUAGCAUUCGGAUUCUGAAGUCAGACAUGAUGUCACAUCUGGUGAAGAUCCCUGGCAUCAUCAUUUCGGCCUCUGCAGUUCGUGCCAAAGCUACCCGUAUCUCCAUUCAGUGCCGCAGCUGCCACAACACCCUCACCAAUAUUGCUAUGCGCCCAGGUCUAGAGGGCUAUUCCCUUCCCAGGAAGUGCAAUAUGGAUCAGGCUGGGCGCCCAAAGUGCCCAUUGGACCCAUACUUCAUCAUGCCUGACAAGUGCAAGUGUGUGGACUUCCAGACCCUGAAACUGCAGGAGCUGCCUGAUGCAGUGCCUCAUGGUGAGAUGCCCAGGCACAUGCAGCUUUACUGUGACAGGUACCUGUGUGACAAGGUUGUUCCUGGGAACAGAGUCACCAUUAUGGGCAUCUAUUCCAUCAAGAAGUUUGGAUUGAACUCUAGCAAGGGCCGGGACAGGGUGGGUGUGGGCAUCCGGAGUUCCUAUAUCCGAGUCCUGGGCAUCCAGGUGGACACAGAUGGCUCUGGCCGCAGCUUUGCUGGGUCUGUCAGCCCACAGGAAGAGGAGGAAUUUCGUCGCCUGGCUGCCCUCCCCAAUAUCUAUGAGCUCAUCUCCAAGAGCAUUUCCCCCUCCAUAUUUGGGGGCAUGGAUAUGAAGAAGGCUAUAGCCUGCCUGCUCUUUGGGGGAUCCCGGAAGAGGCUCCCUGAUGGACUCACUCGCCGGGGUGACAUCAACCUGCUGAUGUUGGGGGACCCUGGCACAGCCAAGUCGCAGCUUCUGAAGUUCGUGGAGAAAUGCUCUCCCAUUGGGGUGUACACAUCUGGAAAAGGUAGCAGUGCUGCUGGCUUGACUGCCUCAGUGAUACGGGACCCCUCAUCCCGAAACUUCAUCAUGGAAGGUGGAGCCAUGGUUCUGGCCGAUGGUGGGGUUGUCUGUAUUGAUGAGUUUGACAAGAUGCGGGAAGAUGACCGUGUGGCAAUCCAUGAAGCCAUGGAGCAGCAGACUAUCUCCAUUGCCAAGGCUGGGAUCACUACCACCUUGAACUCUCGCUGCUCUGUUCUGGCUGCAGCCAACUCAGUGUUUGGCCGAUGGGAUGAGACAAAAGGGGAGGAUAAUAUUGACUUCAUGCCUACCAUCUUGUCCCGAUUUGACAUGAUCUUCAUUGUCAAGGAUGAGCACAAUGAGGAGAGGGACAUGAUGCUGGCCAAACAUGUGAUCACUCUGCAUGUGAGCGCACUGACACAGACACAGGCUGUGGAGGGUGAGAUCGACCUAGCCAAAAUGAAGAAGUUCAUUGCCUACUGCCGAGCAAGAUGUGGCCCUCGGCUGUCGGCAGAGGCAGCAGAGAAGCUGAAGAACCGCUAUAUCAUCAUGCGGAGUGGGGCCCGCCAGCAUGAGAGGGACAGCGAUCGCCGUUCCAGCAUCCCCAUCACUGUGCGGCAGCUGGAGGCUAUUGUGCGCAUCGCCGAGGCCCUUAGUAAGAUGAAACUGCAGCCUUUUGCCACUGAGGCUGAUGUGGAGGAGGCUCUGAGGUUAUUCCAGGUGUCUACAUUGGAUGCUGCUUUGUCUGGCAAUCUGUCAGGGGUGGAGGGCUUCACUACCCAGGAAGACCAAGAGAUGUUGAGCCGCAUUGAGAAGCAACUCAAGCGCCGCUUUGCCAUUGGCUCCCAGGUGUCUGAACACAGUAUCCUUCAGGACUUCACCAAGCAGAAGUAUCCAGAGCACGCCAUCCGGAAGGUGCUGCAGCUCAUGCUGCGCAGGGGUGAGGUCCAACACCGCAUGCAGCGCAAGGUGCUCUACCGCCUCAAGUGAGCCUGCCGCCCACCAACCCUCAGACCUGAAUGCUGCCGCUCAGUCGUUGUUCUUGCACUUCUGCCCACCUCCAUCAGGAGGAGGAUGUCCUGCCUCACCGCCUCUGACUGCGCUCUGCGGUGCAUCUGCAGCCCCUGGAAAUGUGCUUGGUCUGUUGGCCUUAUAUACUCUGUUUGGGUGUCUGAAGGCUUUGCUGUAGGUACCUAGUCCCUGUCCUGUCUCCUCAGUAAGAUAGGUCUGGAGCAGGAACAGGCUCUUUAUAGGUAGACAGGUCUAUACAUUGGCUCCUGGACUGCCUGACUGCCAAGCUUCUUCAUGUGUUCAGAGGAAAUAAAUUAAGUCUUCGGCUGCUAACAGCAAUGGAGUCAAUGUGACCGUGGUUCUGUGUGAAGUGUGGCGUUGACUCGGCUUUCUCCAGCAGCGCCUGAUGUGAGAACUGGAUCAUUCACUAAGCCUAUCUGUGCCUCAGUUUCUUAAUCUGCAAACAAAUUUAACAUUGCCUCACAGGGUUGAACUUGAGCUCAGUGAGUGAGUGACUCAGUGAAAACUUAAGUAGGCUGCAGUGUAGAAAGCCUCCGGUGAUGUUUAGGAUUUUAUUUAUAGCAAAGUGGGCUAGGUGAGUUUCUGAGCCCUCCAUGCUGUGUAUCCCUGGGAAAGGAACCAGACUUCAGGUUUUAUCGGUAACAGAGCUGGGAGGACCCGACCCAACUCCAGCAUAGAAGGAAGUACUGGGAAAGCAUUGUUAGAGGAAGAUGCCUCAGCACUUGAAUUAUCAAAAUGCCACAGAGUUUUGUUAUGCUUUUAGAAAUCUAGAAUUCACAAAAUUAAGGAAAGGUGAAUGAAAUAAAGGAUCUGUUAUAUAAA